AUGAAUUCCAAAAGUCAUCGUGUUUCUCUGAUGCUUGCUGGCAUUCUGAUCAUGUUGGCCUUGUUGUGUUUCUUUUCAAGUGUUGAAGGUAGAAAACACUUGACCCGAUUGCCCCGACUCAAUAUUGCCAAACAAUCGUUUGGUGUGAGCGGCUUGAGCGCUGGUGCCUUUAUGGCAGUCCAAUUUCAAGUAGCCUUCUCCAAAUCCAUUGUUGGUGCUGGAGUGGUUGCCGGCGGACCAUUCUUUUGCUCCAUGGGCAACGUGUUGAUUGCCCUUAAUCAAUGUAUGAGAAUACCUGAAUUGAUUGAUUUGGCCCUCAUGAACGAUAUUAUUCAAGGCAUGAGUAUGGAGAAUCUCAUUGAUGAUACCUCCAAUUUGCGAAAUCAUCGCAUGUACCUCUUCUCUGGUCUUGAAGACGCCAUGGUCGUUCAGGGUGUGAUGAGAAAACUCCAAACACAACUCACUCAAUACUUUAAUAUGAGUAGAAUUGUUUCCGAUUGGAAUGUACCAGCCGAGCAUGCCAUGAUUACCAACGAUUAUGGUAAUGCUUGUAAUUUCUUGGGAGAGCCUUGGAUUAAUAAUUGUGGUAUGGAUGUUGCUGGAAAGAUCUUGUCCGUGGUGAUGGGAGCACCCAUUUCAAAGAAUGGCACCACUCCAAUUGAUGAUAAUUUGUAUACCUUUUCUCAAUCGGGAAAUUACUCGGCCAUGAGUUUUGAUGAUAAGGGUUAUGUCUAUAUUCCAACUGCGUGUCAAGGGGGACGUGCACAAUGUGCUGCCCAUCUCGUAUUCCAUGGAUGUAAUCAAGGUGCAAGAUAUAUUGGUGAGACUUUUGUGCUCCAUUCUGGCUAUUUGAAGCAUGCCGAAGCGAAUAACAUUGUGGUGAUUUUCCCUCAAGUGAAGAAGGAGGGAUUCAUUGAACCUAACCCACAAGGUUGUUUCGAUUGGUGGGGAUACAGUGGAAUUGAAACAUUUGCAACAAAGAGUGGAGUUCAGAUGAGAGCAAUUGCCAACAUGAUGAAUGAUUUGGGAGUUCAAAUUUUCUAA